AUGCCUCGGGUGUCGCUUGCCCCUCCCUCGCUGUGCCUCACCUUCCUCCCCCUGCUGGACCGCCUCCUCCCCUCCCUCCCCACGACCGUCCGAGACGUGGACGUCCCCCCUCUGUUUCGGGAGCGCUUCAUCCUUUCCGGGUACCGUGCCGUCGGCCAGUCGUGGCGUUGUUACGUCCUGAGCCUCUUCCAGAUCCACAACGAGACCCUGAACGUGUGGAGCCACCUGCUGGCCGCCGUCUGCGUGGUGCUGAGGUUCAUGGCGUUCACUGGUCCUGAAGGUCAAGGCUUCUCAUUGGAUGUCUCCUCGCUGCCUCUUGUCCUCUACGUCUUCUCUGCCGUCACAUACCUGAGCUGCAGCGCGGCGGCUCACCUGUUGCAGUCGCACUCGGAGCCGGCGCAUUACUCGCUGUUCUUCCUGGACUACGUGGGUGUGGCCGUCUACCAGUACGGCUGCGCCCUGGCUCUGUGCCUGUACAGCUCUGACACCGCCUGGAUGCAAAGCAUGCUGGGACAGGUCUUCCUCCCGGCUGCCGGCCUCCUCGCCUGGCUCUCCUGCGCAACCUGCUGUUACGCCAAGCUCCGUUACCGGCGGCCGUACCCGCUCCACAGGAAGCUCUGCCAGGUGGUGCCGAUGGGCGUGGCCUACCUGCUGGACAUCAGCCCCGUCGCUCACCGUCUGACCACCUGCAGCUGGAGCAGCAAUGCCGCUCUGCCGCUCCACUUCCUGCAGGUGGUGCUGUUCCUACUCUCAGCCUUCUUCUUCUCUUGUCCUGUACCUGAGCUCUUCUCUCCGGGCAGCUUCGACGUCGUCGGCCACAGCCACCAGCUCUUCCACGUCCUGCUGUCCUUCUGCACGCUGGCCCAGCAGGAGGCGCUGUUCCAGGACUUCCUGUGGCGGCGACCGGCGCUCAUCAGGGAGUUCGGAGAGCAGCGCCUCCUGCUGGCCUGCGCCUCCUUCCCCUGCCUGACACUGUGCUGCACGAUAACGGCGCUCGCCAUGAGGAGGCGAGCUCGGGAUCAGCUGAUGAAAGAGCAAAGAUAGACGAAGAAGAAGAACACACACACACACACA